AAAAGGCCUAUACAUGCGAUAGAGAGAAUAGCAUAAUUGGAACUCAACCAACGGUAAACACCCCGACAACAACCAAAUCCACCAUUACCAAUCCCUGUACCAAGGAGAAUAUUGACGCCGGUAGAUUCUAUUUCGCUUAUUCAAACGAAAACUUCUUUAUUCAUUGUAACAAGUGGGGUGCAUAUUGUGUAAUGCCGUGUGCACCGGGUACAAAAUGGUUACAAGUCAUCGAGAGCUGCGUUGCAGAUGAUAGCAAUGUUAAAACCACCAAAUCCACCAUUACCAAUCCCUGUACCAAGGAGAAUAUUGACGCCGGUAGAUUCUAUUUCGCUUAUUCAAACGAAAACUUCUUUAUUCAUUGUAACAAGUGGGGUGCAUAUUGUGUAAUGCCGUGUGCACCGGGUACAAAAUGGUUACAAGUCAUCGAGAGCUGCGUUGCAGAUGAUAGCAAUGUUAAAACCACGACAACCACCAAAUACGACAUUACCAAUCCCUGUACCAAGGAGAAUAUUAAAGCCGGUAGAAUAAUUUUCCCUCAUCCAAACAAAAAUUACGUUAUUCGAUGUGACCUGUGGGGUAAUUACUAUGAAAUUCCGUGUGCACCGGGUACACAAUGGUCACAAAGCGACUAUACCUGCAUUUAACCAACCAAGCCGACGACGAGUAAAUCCCCUAGUAACAAUCCCUGUAUGAAGGAGAAAAUUGGCUUUGGUAAUUUUUUUCCAUUAUUCAAAUAAAAAAUGUUCUUUAUUCAAUGUAUCUCAGUUGGUAUAUACUUUGUAAUGCCCUGUCGGCAAGGGUCAUCGUGGUCAGAAAACUCGAUGUCUUGUUCAUGAUAGAUAACGACGAAUUACCUAAUUGUAAUCCUUUCCAAAAUGCUAUUUUCUGAUCUUUCUAACAUCUGAAUAGGCGACUAGAAAUGCCUGCUUUGUAAAACAAUUGUGUGUACUGAUUUUAUAGUUUAAAUUUAGCUUUUCGUUUUUCUAAUGUGAAAUGUUUCAAAUAUUGUUUUGGGUAUAUUUUACUAUCGUAAUAUUUUGCCAGAGUGUUUUUCAUUAUUCUUUUUUUCUCAUAACCGAAAUAUGAUAUGCUUUUGUUCAUUCAUGUAACUUUUGUCCUGCGUAUUGUAUAAAAUUCCAUAAGUAAAUAUGAUCUUCACAUGAAAAGUCUUAUGGGGCUUAUACAUUAUUACAUACUUCGGAACUCUUAAAAUAUUUUCCGUCUAUCUUCACAAAAAUGUAUUGUUGAUGUCAAAAUUUUUAAAUAUUGUAUAAUAUCUGUUUCUAUGAAUAAACGAUAUUUUCCUAUAUAA